AUGUUCCACUCCUGGACAUGGCAGGCAUGGGAGCCCAACAGCCUUUGGCAUUCACUCCAGUCGCACAAGGACAAGGCCUCCAACGUCCCAAUGACAUGUCUCGCAUGUUCCCAGAAGGCGUCGCCUCUCAAGAUAAUUUCGAUGCCCAGGACGGUGGCUUCCUUGGCGGCAGAAGCAAGUCAAAGUCGAAGCCCCGUUGGACACGGCAUGAGGGAUCCCACAAACUUCAAGAACAUGGAAUUCAAGCCAGUCUCCAUGUCCGAGAUGGGACCUGGUGGCAUGGGCUCCCAAAUGAUGUCUCAAAUGGGAGGCCAAGGCAACCACAUGGGCGGAAACAUGAUGGGAGGUCAAAUGGGCCCAGGUAUGAUGGGCGGAAACAUGAUGGGAGGACAAAUGAUGGGCGGUCUACCGUACGUCUAG